AUGUGGCUGCCGCGAGUUGCCGCAUUGCAAAACAAGGAAUCUUUGGCUUCGCUGGUGAUGCUCGCCAUUCUGCGGAGAUCCACAAAGGCGAUCCCUUCGGCUUGGGUAGCGGCGCGUUGCCUCAAUCGAGAUAUGAACGAUGAUAAAGAUCGACCUCCGAGCACGGAAAAAAGGUCGCUUUGCAGGAAGUUCCGAAAUCAAUUCAAUCCGAGGCCUGCAGAAGAUGAUGGGCCACAAGACUGGUGGAUCGCAUCUACUGCUAUUCCACUGGUAGCAGCUACCACUGCUCCUCUCGCAAACCUCAUGUCUAUUGUUGCCCUUGUGAUGCCGUGGAAAAGCAAGCUACUUGGGCACACCGCAUCAUCAGGCGCACCAGCGCAGGAACUCAUCAGUGAUCCUCGAUGGUGCAUAGCUCUUAAUGCCACAUCACUCGCAUGCGGAAUCGCAGGAAACGUGUUUCUUCUGGUCAACUUUACGCGCACUAUGCGAUACAUCAUAGCCUUGCCCGCAUCUAUCAUCCUCUGGUGCCUGGCUACAUCGAUUUUGAUCGGUAUAACUGUUGCUACGAACAUAUAUGACGGUCCUGUACCACCUGAGCAGACCUAUUCUCAGGCUUACUGGAGUGCGGUGAUCGCAGCAGCUCUGUAUUUCUUCCUUACUGUUAUCCUAAUGAUCAACAUGCUGGGAUAUGUUCUGGGGCACUAUCCGCAGUAUUUUGCUCUUACUGAUGGCCAGAGAACAUUGAUAUUGCAAACUACUGCAUUCGUGGUGUGGCUACUAAUAGGUGCUGCUAUAUUUAAUGCUGUCAUUGAUGACAUAUCGUUUGGCGAUGCACUAUAUUUCUCAGACGUCACAAUCCUGACAUUGGGGUACGGCGAUAUCACUCCUCCGACUUCGGUCGGCAAAGGCCUCGUAUUUCCCUAUGCGGUGAUGGGCAUCAUUAUCCUGGGUCUCGUGGUGGGAAGCAUCCAUGACUUUGCCCGGGAACUGCAAUACGACAAUGUUGUGCGAAAGCACGUCGAAAGAAAACGGCAAGCUACUAUCGAGCACUCUAUUUCACUAGAACCAGGCGCAGCGGAUCCGCAUCUCAAUGACAAAUCCAGGCAUCGACCCAAACAAAAAGACCGCUUCAACGCCAUGCGAGCAAUUCAAUACGAGACCGUUCUCUUCCGGCGGUGGUACAAUCUAAUAUUGAGCGUCAUCAUGUUCGGUAUAGUCUGGACGUGCGGUGCUGUGGUCUUCUGGCGCCUAGAACAAAUCACAUACUUCCAAGCCCUAUACUUCGGCUUUUGCUCCCUCCUCACGAUCGGAUAUGGAGACAUCACACCCACCACCAACGCAGCGCGGCCCUUCUUCAUUGUCUGGUCCCUUAUCUCCGUUCCAACAAUGACAGUUCUGAUUUCAGAAAUGAGCGACACAAUCGUCGUUGCAUUCAAGCACGCCACUAGCGUUUUCGCAGACUGGACCGUUCUCCCACAGUCCGGAAAAUACCGAGAGUUCCUCCGUAAAUUCCCAAUCCUCUAUACUACUCUCCAGCAUCGCGAAGAAAACAGACGGGUAACCGAAGGCUUCCACGUCGGGUUGGAUAACGAAGAAAGAGGCACAGGAGCAGAGGACCAGCACGACUCCGAACAUCCGCCCACAAGAUCGCUCAAAGAACUCGCCAGCGAGCCAGACACAGCUUCAGGCACGGGAACAGGAUCAACAUUCCACUUUGCACAGCAACUCGCAUACGCGAUCCAGCGAACUACCCGAGAUGUUGUAGAAGGGGAGCGAAAACGAUAUACCUACGAGGAAUGGGUGGAAUUCACACGACUGAUUCGCUUCACAGACCCCAGCCCAGACGGCGUGGAAGUUCAAGAAGAUGAAUACGGGAUCUUGAAUUGGGAUUGGAUCGGUAAGACGAGCCCAAUGUUAGCCACGCAGACCGAACCAGAAUGGGUUCUGAAUCGUCUCUGCGAGAGCCUGAUUCGGUAUGUCGACAUCCAAGCGAAGCAGGCAGCAGGCACGACGAGAGAAGAAGACGAACCGACCUUGAGGAAGCAAAGGGAGAUUAAGUUCGAGGAUCAGUAA